AUGCGAUUCUUCCUCCUCACCAUACUCGCAACGCUCUCUUUGGUACUGGCUUUACCUACCCAUCCAUCCGAAAGGGAAACAUCCCUACUUGGUAGAUUCACUUCAUCGUUAUUUGGUAGACGAUCGAUAACGCUCAAUGGUUAUGAGACUGAAGACGAACAUUCACCACCGCUACCUCGAGAUCAUGAUCAAGACGAGAAUAGAGUAGAAAGGCGGUACAAGACCUCGUCGAGGUACCCGAGAUGCAAAAAGAAGACUCCAAGGACUGGGUUCGCCCAUUAUUCAGGAUGGAAAAUUGUUGGUAAUGAUUUGAGUGGUGCGUUACCUGUUUCCCCGAGGGAUAACUGUAUCAAUCUAUGUAACAACUAUGGCGAUGCUUGCGGAGCAAUCUACUUCGACGAUAAAUCCUAUAGAUGUUUCCUCAAAGGUGUCAAGACGGAAAGUUGGAAAUUUGUAGAAACGAACAAUGAGGGUGAUGCCGUGGACUUGGUCGGAGGUUGUGCAGCUUGGUCAGAUUUGGUGCCAGAGGAUAUGGAUGAUAUCUGUUGUCGAGAUUGA